GGGCGGGAUCUCACGGAACCCCAUUCAUGUAUGACUUACGUACUUUUCUGUCGUAGCCAAGUGAAACGGGUCCUUUAUUUCCGAAAAUCUUACUUGGUAAUUCAAUUGAGUCUCCAGGAUCAGCUGUGGCCGGCGUCUUGUUCUAAUAAACAAGUAAUGAACCUCAGAAACAGAUGAAGAAUGGAGGGAAUCCUAUACAAGUGGACAAAUUACAUAAGUGGUUGGCAGCCUCGCUGGUUUGUACUGGAAGGAGGGACUUUGUCCUACUAUGACUCGCAAGAGGAUUCCUGGAAAGGAUGCAAGGGAAGCAUCAAGAUCUCAGUGUGUGAAAUACAAGUCCACUCCUCUGACUUCACACGGGUUGACCUGACCAUCCCUGGAGAACAGUACUUCUACCUCCGAGCCAUCAACGCAGCGGAGAGGCAGAAAUGGCUGGUCGCGUUGGGAUCUGCAAAGGCCUGUCUGACAGACAACCGAACCAAGAGAGAGAAAGAACACCAGGAGAACACAGAGGCUCUUAAGACCAAGAUGUCAGAGUUGAGGCUGUACUGUGACCUUCUCCUCCAGCAAGUUAACCAGAUCAAGGACAGUGAGGAGAAUGAGGAGGCUGGGGAGAACCCUGGCACCAUGGUGAAGUCUACAUGCACCACCUUCAUCAAGACGUUGGAGGAGUGCAUGCUGAUCGCCAACCGCACCUUCAGCUCAGACCAGGCCACAAAGACCCCACCCGGGUCGCCUCCCGUGGCAACCAUCAAACCCCAGAAGGUCAAACCUGUCAAUCAAUCAAAUCAGGAAAAACACAGGGAGUGUAAAGAAAUCUCAGGAGGAUCUGUAACACAUGACAACCAGAGCCUUGACUGUGGAGCAGAGGGACCAGACCAACGAGACGGACCAGACACGCUCCCUGAGAGAACCACCCAAACACCCCCAACAGAACAUAGCCCAGCCGGCGGAGACCACCAGGGCCCAGAGGAGUCUGCAGUGGAAGAGGAGGCCACUACCCAAACCACCCACACAAACCCUGACCCAGAACACACCGACCAACCAGCGCAGCAGGAAGAGGAGGAGGAGGAAUUCAAAGAGGUGGAGCAGGAAAUGAGGAAUGCCCAAGAAGAGAAACAGGAAGUGACCCAGAACCAACAGGAAGCUGGCACUGACCAAGAGGAAGCCAAGCUGGAAGAGGAGCAGCCUUCCCAGCCUCAGGAAGAAGAGAGGGAGGAGGAGGAGACAGAGCAGGUGGACACAUUCUUCAGUACGAUGAGUCACAGAUUUAGUGAUAUAAGACUGGACGGUGACAGUGGUAUUCCUACACAAGCCUUUUUGGACUCAUGCUAUGCGAUAGUGCCUGUAUUAGACAAACUAGGAUCCACAGUAUUUGGUCCAGUAAAAAUGGAUUUUACGGGCAACAUCAAGAAGAUCCACCAGAAGCUGUCGUCGGACCCGGGCAGCUUCCCCACACUGCAGACCAUAGUGCUCCAUGAGGUGCAGACCGGUGUGGCCCGCGUCCGCAACUCAGCCACCGAGGCCCUGCUGUGGCUCAAACGAGGACUCAAGUUCCUCAAGGAGUUCCUGUCCCUGGUCAACUCUGGGGAAAGGGAUAUCCCUGGAGCGCUGGGUAAUGCUUAUGGACGGAGUCUGCGGCAGUAUCAUGGAUGGGUUGUGCGAGGUGUAUUUGCUCUGGCCCUCCGAGCAGCGCCAUCAUACAGCAGCUUUGCGGCGGCUCUGGUGUCCAGAGAGGGGGAUGAACUGAAAGAAGGAUUCAACACAGGCAUGCACCGGGACCUGGGGGUCUACCUGCCUGCCAUGGAGAACCAACUGGCCAUCCUGGAUGCCCUGUAUGAAGAAUACAACCUGGAGUCAGAUGAGGUGGUCUGAGAGGAGGAGACGAGAUCCCAACUGGUGGCCUGAAGAGACGAGACCCCAGCUGGUGGCCCGAGAGGAGGAGACGAGAUCCCAACUGGUGGCCUGAGAAGAGGAGACGAGACCCCAGCUGGUGGCCUGAGAGGAGGAGACGAGAUCCCAACUGGUGGCCUGAGAGGGACACUACCAGAGGAGGAAGAGAGCCCUCAGACUCAGACCAUCUGGGAUACACUGACAGAGGAGGACGGUGUGGAGGGAGAGGAGAACCCUCUUCAGGAUGCAGAAACUUUAACCCUGGAGGUGUAGGCUUAGUUGGUUUGCUCCCCGAGAACAGGGUCAAGCCCCAGGUAGCCUGCUCACUAGAUUAGCCAAUCGGAGCCAUCCGGAGGAUGGAGGGGCGUGAUUGAGUGUGAGCAUGCUCGGUGUAAGAUGAGGUAUUGUCUCACAUUACUAACUCUGGAACAAUGCAAGGCCUAAUGGCCGUAGAGGGACUAGGUUUUGGAGGGAGGACUUUUUCAGGUUUUCCUUCUAGUGGUUUACGCUUAGUACUUCCAAUUACAAAGGGUGCACUGUUGUACAAAUGGUGGUCUUCUGACGGAGCACAUUUCCUGACGACGGAUGCACACUUCACUUCGUUAUAGUGACUGACUGUACUUGAUGUAGUGUACAGUACUUUAGACUCAGGCUCUUUUCCCUCCUGUGACUUCCAUUAUGAACAGCUGCACCAUUGGUUGCUGAGAAUGCACAAAUAUGAACUUUUACUUUAAAUUGAGGCUGAUAUUGUUAUAAUUGACAGCAUUAUUUGACAGCUUACAUAGGCUGUAUGUAAUGAACUGCAUACACCACUGAAGAGUAAUGUAGCAGUGUUAGUAUUGAUCCCUGCUGAACUCAUACACCAAUAUACUGUAUCUACAUGGAUGACCUCCCUCCCUCUAGAACCCACCUCCUCCCUCCCUCUAGAACCCACCUCCUCCCUCCCUCUAGAACCCACCUCCUCCCUCCCUCUAGAACCCACCUCCUCCCUCCCUCUAGAACCCACCUCCUCCCUCCCUCUAGAACCCACCUCCUCCCUCCCUCUAGAACCCACCUCCUCCCUCCCUCUAGAACCCACCUCCUCCCUCCCUCUAGAACCCACCUCCUCCCUCCCUCUAGAACCCACCUCCUCCCUCCCUCUAGAACCCACCUCCUCCCUCCCUCUAGAACCCACCUCCUCCCUCCCUCUAGAACCCUUCUCAUUCUAGCAUAUUGUCUCAUCUACAAAUGUAUUGUUUACCAAGUGACAUUAACAUGAACUAGUAUUUUCCUCGUUAUUUUAAUCAUUUAAAUGUAGUCUUUGAGUAACUUAUGGAAUAAACCAUGUUCUAUAUGGAUGGAUGGAAAUGUCCAUGUUUUAAUGUAUAGGGUUCGACUGAGGUGCCAACUGAAGUGGAAUAUAUAUAUAGCAAGGCCUUGAUUGAAAAUGUAUUAACAAUCAUGAUGAUGGAUAGAUUGUUAGUCUAUUAGCUGACUUUCCUCUCUGUGACUGAUGGCCUAACUGAUGGUGUGGGUUAAUGAUAAUACAGUGGUUAUCAGAGGCAGUCUAACUUUGGCCUCUUCAUUCUGGACAUGAAUUCAGUCUUGUUAUAGAUGCACUGAGCCAUUUGAACAAAGCAGGAAGAUCUGACCGAUGUGCAAUAGGCUGAUUCCUUGUUGUGAAUCAUUUCUGCUGUUACUGCUAAUGUUUUUGCUAUGCUAAUGUUUUUGCUAUGCCAAUGUUUUUGCUAUGCCAAUGUUUUUGCUAUGCUAUUGUAUCUCACAAUUUCAGAACACAAUUUAUACGAAUGUACAUAAGAUGGCAUUUUUACAUAUGUAUUAAACUUGAUGAAAUGA